AUGAGAAGUGCUAAAGACAAUCCUACGGAGAUGAGCGUUAAAAAAUUACAAUUGUGUAGGCAGGGUUAUUACCAGGCAGCUCAACCCCGCCUCUGUCGGGUCAGCACGCAAGCUCCAAGAUUGGAUGUUUUGAAGAGGCGAGCCAAAGCCGUAAUCAUGAAAAGUUCCGCGGAAGAACUGUUUACUGCUUUAGCUAUGUGUGUUGUGCUGUGUGAUGAUGGUUUUGACAGCUGCUGA